AUGAACUGUGAAAUAAAUAGUUACAUAGAUGAAUAUAAUACUAGUCAAUUUGAUAUAUUAUCAACUAUUAGAUUUGAUCCAAAUUUAUCAACAAUUCCUCCUUUCUUGAUUGAUGAUUUAACAAUUGAAAAUUUCUUUCUAUUGAAUGAACAUGUUGAAAGAUUAAGAUUUACAUUACAGUAUUUUACAAAGGAAAGAUUUGAAAUAACAACAGAGAUUGUAUUUAAACAAUUAGUUGAAGCUUUUAAAUCAUUAAAUAAAUUGGUAUUCGUUCCUUACAAAAUUAGAUGUUUGACGAAUUUGAAUGGUGAUUGUAAGUUUGAAUUUCACGAAAUAACAAAUAGAUUAAAUUUAUUAAAUGGUUUAUUUCCAAAUGUUUCGAAUGGUGAUUGUAAAUUUAAAUAUCAUGAAAUAACAGAUAGAUUAAACUUAUUAAAUAGUUUAUUUCCAAAUGUUGUAAAUGAAUUUGAUUUCUUAAAUGAAUUACAAUUGGAAAAUGAUCAAGAUGAAAUUUGGGAUAUUUAUAUAAAUAAUGAUUGUACCAUGAUUUCACCUUUUACUUCAUUUAAAACAACAAAUAGAGAUCAUUAUAAUACAGCAAGACAAUUGUUACCAAAUAAAAAACCAGGUAAAGAAGAAGUAUUAUUAUAUAAUCCUCAAUAUAAUUUGAUGGAAGGUUCAAUUACAAAUAUUGCUGUUAAAAGAUUUGAUAAUUGGAUAACUCCAAUGUUAAGUUCUGGUUGUUUAUGUGGUGUUAUGAGACAUUUCUUAUUGAGAAAGAAUUUUAUUCAAGAAGAUAUUAUUAAUAUAUGUUCACUUCAACCUGGUGAAGAAGUGUUAUUAUUUAAUGCUAUAAUUGGUGUAGUUAAGGGAAGAAUUGUGGAAAAUCAUAUGGCCGAGCCAUUAAAUUAUGAUCACUUGGGAACUUAA